AUGGUGGCCACAUCUCUAUUAGCCAGCGGUCUCACCGACCCGACCAGAGCUGAGGAACUACUCAAAAUCUCAUACGACACGCCGUUUGAGAUCCGGAAUUUCGUCAACAACAGUUUCACCACGGCCGGUGAUGCCACUGAGUUUCUCCCGGUCUUUCAGCCAUCGACAGGCCGACAAUUUGCAAAACUUCCCGUCACAUCAGCGGACGCGGUGGAGAAGGCCAUCGAUGCCGCCAACGUGGCGUUCAAGUCUUGGUCCAAGACCACCCGGCAUCAGCGAUCGCAAUAUCUGCGGACCAUCGCCGAGUUGAUCCAAAAGAAACGAGAGAUCUUCGCCAUCUGGGAGAGUAUCGAUCAAGGAAAGACGCUGGAGAGAGCCCGAGUCGAGGUCGAUCGGGCCAUUUCCAACUUCUCCUAUUUUUCCACCUACAUUCUGCACGAAGAAAACGCUGCCCGCAUGAUCGAUGGCGUGGCCCUGACCUAUGAACAUCGGUCGCCAGCUGGGGUUUUUGGUCUGAUCUCGCCCUGGAACAUGCCUUUAUAUCUUUUGACAUGGAAGAUCGCCCCUUGCAUUGCCUUCGGCUGCACAGCAGUGGCGAAGCCCUCGGAAGUGACGAGCAUGUCGGCAUAUCUCCUUGCAUCCGUGUUUGCUGAGGCAAAACUCCCCCCCGGAGUGGUCAAUGUCGUUUUUGGCAACGGCGCCGUGACCGGCAGCGCUCUGACGAGGAGCCCGGCCAUCAAAGGCAUUUCUUUCACCGGCGGCACGGCGACUGGGAUUCAGAUCAGAAGAGACACGGCCUCAGACAUCGGAAAGCAUUUGUCGCUCGAACUGGGGGGAAAGAACCCGACUCUGGUCUUUGAUGAUGUAGACUUGGAAGCGGCCGUCUCACUGGCAGCCACCGCGGCCUUCACAAAUCAGGGAGAGGUCUGUCUCUGCGGUUCUCGAAUCUACGUCCAGCAAAGAAUCUACGACGAUUUCGUCACGCGAUUCAAGACGCACGUCUCAAAGUCUUUCCGCACCAAACACGAGGUUGGCGCCAUUGUGUCACUCCAGCAUUACGACAAAGUCAGGUCCUAUCUGGAACUGGCAAAGGCCGAGCAGGCGGUCUUCGAGACCGGGGGUGUUCCAGUGGCCAAGCCAUCCGAGGGCUACUGGAUUGAGCCUACAGUGCUGACCGGCGUUGCGACCAGCAGCCGCAUCAUGCAAGAAGAAAUCUUUGGCCCGGUCGUCACGAUUGCUCCCUUCGACACCGAAGACGACGCCGUGAGAUUGGCCAACGACAAUCCCAACGGACUGGCCAGCAUUUUACUCACCAAAGACGGCGCACGUAUGCGAAGAGUGGGAGAACAGCUGGAGGCCGGCUUGGUCUGGGUCAAUUGCUGGCUGGUUCGUGAGCUGGGAACGCCCUUUGGAGGAAUGAAGGCCUCGGGGACCGGCCGUGAGGGCGGGGCCUACAGCCGGGAGGUCUUUACCAAUGUCCGGACCCUCCAUAUCCCGUCAGUUUGA